AUGCAGCGCCCUGUGACAUCAUCCGCCACACUUCUCCGAUGGGCAAAGCCCUCGGCUACACUAUGCUCCCCCGCCGUGCGGUGCUUCUCAUCAUACGGAAAUGCCUACCAAUCCUCCAAGCGUGACAUGCAAACUGCAACCGCCUACCGUCCACACUCUCUCCCUACAUCUUUUCCGCUUCCCCGGAGCAACGGAGGUUCAGACUCCCUGCUCUCCGCCGAUUUCCCUCUUCCUGCAGAGAACCCACAGACCUCGCCAGCACAAACAAAACCAACAUCCUCCAGUACUGCUCGGGAAAACGAUGCUCAAACUCCCAAACCUGCCUCGUCCACAACUGCCACUAAGACCGGAAAGCCUCGUCGGCCGUUGCGGGCAAGAAAGGCAGCCAUGAAGCUGUCUACUCUAGCCACUGAGCAACUACGCAAGCUCAUGGAUCAGCCUGAGCCCAAGUUUAUCCGGGUUGGAGUGAAGAACCGGGGCUGCUCGGGUCUCGCUUACCAUCUUGAGUACGUGGAGAAGCCGGCCAAGUUCGACGAAGUGGUGGAGCAGGACGGCGUGAAGGUUUUGAUCGACAGCAAGGCCCUGUUCAGCAUUAUUGGCAGCGAAAUGGACUGGCAAGAAGAUAAGCUGAGCAGAAAAUUUGUCUUCCGCAACCCCAACAUUAAGGAACAAUGUGGAUGCGGUGAAUCCUUCAUGGUUUAA